AAGACUAGAAAUUGAAUGUUUAUUUUUAAGCCUCGAAAGUUGCACUGGGUGCCUUUAAACUACCAAGCUCCUGAACGGACCUCCAGACCGCUAAACAACCACGCUCCUGAACGCACCGCCAGACUGCUAAACAACCACGCUCCUGAACGCACCUCCAGACCCUUUCACGCCCAACGAGCUGAGAUACUGUAGCCAUGAAAUCUGCUUUCCUGAGAUGUUAUUUGAAUAACUGAAUUUAAUCUUGAUAUUGUGGUAAUAUUAUGUUCUUUAUGUCAAUUUUGUUUUGCUAUGAUAUACUUCAGUUUAUUGAUUUUAUUAGUUCCUUAUAUUAUUUCAUGCUUAAUACAUUCCUAUUAAUAAAUACAUUUAGGAUGUCCCUUUUCAUUUUUAGUUUAUUUGGAUUUUCUCAAACUGCGUAAACAUUAGAAGUAAGAAACCCUUUAUGUCUGUCUGCCAUCAUGCAAUAUUGAAUUAAAUACAUAUUCGUACGCCAGUUCUAAAUCCAUAAUAUGAGCCUGCUUCUUUUGGUCUUUUACUGCGUCUUUUUCUCAAUUCUUCCCGAUUGGUUAUUUGAAGUCAACACUCAAACCCCAGGUGUCCCAGGAUGUGUCGGACAAGAACGCACCGCUAGGAGGAGAGGGGCGUGGCGGGACUGGACUGCUGGCUACAGUUAGCAUCCCAUCCAGAGCCGACGCUGGCGGGUUGAUAGCAGUAAGCUCAACCCUUAGCACUCCGGGGGCUCGUCUCACCUCACCACGACCUCAGCGGUACUGGGACAAUGUUGUCAACACGACGGAGUACUUCCACACCUCACCAGCUAGCGACUAGCGUGUAGCCCUCUAGCGGGUUAGCCUUUAGCUUAUAGCCCUCUAGCGGGUUAGCUGUUAGCCGUUAGCUUUGUCGCUAAAAACAAGUAAAAGCAGCGUCACCAUGGAGACCAACGUGACGAAGAGACGCGACAACAAGAAGGCCCUGAGAGUGAAGGUCAUCAGCCUGGGCGACGCCGAGGUUGGCAAGAGCUGCAUCAUCAAGCGCUACUGUGAGAAGAGAUUCGUGCCGAAGUAUCUGGCGACCAUCGGCAUCGACUAUGGUGUCACCAAGGUUCAGGUUCGGGACAGAGAAAUCAAAGUUAACAUCUUUGACAUGGCUGGUCACCCCUUUUUCUAUGAGGUGCGUAAUGAGUUCUAUAAGGACUCCCAGGGCGUGGUCCUGGUCUACGACGUGGGGGCCCGGGACAGCUUCCAGGCUCUGGACGGCUGGCUGGGGGAGAUGAAGCAGGAGAUGGGCUCCCAGGCCAACAUGGACACCAUCGUCUUCAUCGUCUGCGCCAACAAGGUGGACCUCACCAAGCGCCGCGUGGUGGAUGAGGGCGAGGGGCGUCUGUGGGCGGAGUCCCGGGGGUUCCACUACUUUGAGACGUCGGCUCAGAGCGGAGAGGGCGUCUCCGACAUGUUCCAGGCGUUCUUCUCGGCCAUCACAGACAUGUGUGAGAACGGGGGCCGGCGUCCGGCCGUGCCCGAGGUCAGCGUGGGGUUCACCAAGGAGCAGGCCGACACCGUGAGGCGCAUCCGCAACAGCAAGGACUCCUGGGACAUGCUGGGGGUCAAGCCGGGGGCCGCGCGGGAGGAGGUGAACAAGGCGUACAGGAAGUUGGCCGUUCUGCUCCAUCCUGAUAAGUGCGUCGCCCCCGGCAGCGAAGACGCCUUCAAGGCCGUGGUCAACGCACGCACCUCCCUGCUGAAGAACAUCAAAUAACACACACACACACACACACACACACACACACACACACACACACACACACACACACACACACACACACACACACACACACACACACAGGAACAUCCCAUAAUAAGACUGUGUUGUGUGUCUCGCCAUUGAUGAUGACAGCCAAUCACUGGCCUUGCUCCACUCAAUCGUAACCUACUUUGUUGGCCCCGCCCACGUCAGAGCUCCGCCCACGUGCAUGCUUGUGCCACGUACUGGCUCCGCCCACCUACUGGCUCCGCCCACGCACUGGCUCCGCCCAAGUCUUGGCUCUUUAGAGACGUGAGGAUGACAUUUUUUAAUGGUUAUUUAUUAAUAUUUAUGUACAUCUACCUCUGCUAUUUAUUAUUAAUAUUUAUAUAAAUUUACAUCUGUUAUAUAUCUAUCAAUACAUGUAUAAAAUAUACAUUUGAUAUUUGUAAUUAAUAUAUAAUUAUCUAUAAGCAUCUUUGUCUUUUAUUUAUUUAGAAGCUUCAUUCAUGUCUAUUAUUAUAAUUUAUACAUCAAUAUAUUUCAUAAUUUGGUUAUUU